AUGUGUAAACUCAUGUGGUGCACUGGUGUUGUUUCCAAGACUGCACUAUUAACUGGGAAUUUUUUUUUUUCUUCUAGUGAAUUUUUUUUUAAAGCGACGCACAGGAAAAGUGAAAAUUAUUUAAACGGACGGCAAACAUGA